AUGAGCUCUGGAGAGAGGAAGCUGGAAGCAGCGGGGCCCAGAGGGAGGAGGGCUCGCAGGCCCCGGGAACAGGACCGAGACGUGCAGCUGUCCAAGGCGCUGUCCUAUGCCCUGCGCCACGGGGCCCUGGCGCUGGGGCUGCCCCUGGGGGCCGGCGGCUUCGUGCCCCUGCGCGCCCUCCUGCAGCUGCCCCAGUUCCGCGGCUUCUCGGCGGAGGAUGUGCAGCGCGUGGUGGACACCAACGCGAAGCAGCGGUUCGCCCUGCAGCCGGGCGACCCCGGCACCGGCCCCCUCAUCCGGGCCAACCAGGGCCACUCCCUGCAGGUUCCUGAUUUGGAGCUGAUGCCCCUGGAGACCCCACAGGACCUGCCCCCGACGCUGGUCCAUGGCACGUUCUGGCAGCACUGGCCCUCCAUCCGGCUCAAGGGCCUGUCCUGCCGUGGAAGGACACACAUCCACUUGGCCACAGGGCUGCCUGGGGACCCUGGGGUCAUCAGUGGCAUGCGGCCGAACUGCCACAUGGCCGUGUUCGUCAACGGGCCCCUGGCCCUGGCCGAUGGAAUCCCCUUCUUCCGCUCUGCCAACGGGGUGAUCCUGACUCCGGGAAACGCCGAUGGCUUCCUGCUCCCCAAGUACUUCACGGAGGCCCUGCAGCUGCGGCCGGCCCGAAAACCCCUCUCCUUGGCUGGCGAUGAAGAGACAGAGUGUCAGAGUGGCCCCCAGCACAGCUCCAGAGGAGGAAGGAUGAUCCAACAAUAA